AUGGGCAACCCUCCUUACGAUUCUAAUCCCUCAGUUAGAGAUGAAUCCAACCCUUUUGCUGUGGACUCAAGUUCAGAAGCUGUUGACUUUGGUGAUGGUUCUAAAGUUGAUAUUCCUCUUGAUAGCGCCUCGGAUUUGAGAGCCAAAGAGAAGAAACUCAAAGACAAGGAGGCCGAAUUGAAUAGAAGGGAAGAGGAAGUGAAGAGAAAGGAGGAUGCAAUGGCACGAGCUGGAAAUAAUGUAGAGGUAAAAAAUUGGCCACAAUUUUUCCCUCUAAUUCAUCACGACAUUCCAAAGGAAAUACCCGUUCAACAACAAAGAACACAAUAUGUUGCAUUUACAACGUUGCUAGGUAUAGUAGCAUGCCUCGUAUGGAAUUUUAUAGCAGUCUCCUCUAUUUGCUUUCAAGGAGAAGACCUACAAAUCUGGUUGCUUGCUGUUAUCUACCUCAUAACAGGAGUUCCUGGGGCCUAUAUAUUGUGGUAUCGUCCGUUGUAUCGUGCUAUGAGGACUGACAAUACUUGGAUGUUUGGAUUCUUUUUCUUUGCAUACACAUGUCACAUUGGCUUCUGUGUAUAUGCUGCUAUUGCUCCUCCAAUGAUCUUCAAAGGGAGAUCUCUCACUGGAAUUAUGCCAGCGCUUGCUAUUUUACCUGGUAACUUUUUGGACGGGGUUCUCUAUUUUGUUGGAUUCGGACUCUUUGCUCUUGAAUCAACGAUAAGCAUAUGGGUGAUUCAGGAAGUUUUUAGGUAUUUCCGUGGUAGUGGAAAAGCUGAAGUAGCGAAACGUGAGGCUAGAAAAACGACUAUGAUGGUAGCAUUAGGACAUGCUUAA